AUGGCUGUGACUGACCCUAUACACGAUGCUCGAGAGCGGGCAGAUGUUGUGACCAUUGGCUCGCGGAACUCCAAGCUGGCACUAGUGCAGACAAGGGAUGUCAUUACGAAACUGCAUAGCGUCUAUGGUCCCAGGCCUGACUACCAAGUCUUGACAGGUGGUGUAACAGGAGAUGCCGACAAGCGAACGCCUUUCAAGGCCUUAGCAGCACAAACAGGACUGGCCAAUGUAGGCAAGAGCUUAUGGACGACAUCCCUGGAGGCGGACCUGGUCGAUGGCAAGUAUGACUUUCUUAUCCACUGCCUGAAGGAUAUGCCUACGACACUACCUCUAAACUGCGCCCUUUCAGCAAUCACCGAGCGCGAGGAUCCGUCCGAUGCUGUUGUCAUGUCGCCCAGAGCGUCGUAUACUCGUCUAUGCGAUCUUCCAGCAGGCUCCGUCGUGGGGACGAGCUCUUGUCGGAGAAAGGCCUUGAUCGGUCGCAGUUGGCCGCAUCUUGUCGUCCAGGAAUGUCGAGGAAACAUAGACACCCGCCUUGCUAAGCUCGACCAUUUGGAGUCUCCAUUCACUUGUAUCAUUCUCGCGACAGCUGGAUUGAAUCGGAUGCACUUGCAACACCGUAUCACGGAACGAUUACAUCCAGCAGACUUUCCAUACGCCGUCGGUCAAGGAGCAUUAGGCAUCGAAAUCAGCACACACGAGCCUGACGUUGCCAAGCUUGUGAUGGCAGUUGAUCACAGGGAGUCCAGGUGGUGCGGGUUGGCGGAACGGGCAAUGCUUCGAAGCCUCCGUGGUGGAUGUUCGUCGCCUAUUGGCGUCUGGUGUAGGCCUGAGGCUACUCCUGAUGGAGCAUCAGAUCUGGGAAGUGAACAGGGGCCAGUGCUGCGCCUACGACUGGAUGCGACCGUACUGAACACCCAAGGCUCGUCAAGUGUGAACGUGGAGGAGUCUCAAUCUGUGGAAAGCGAUGAGGACGCCGAGCGCCUUGGUGAGACUGUCGCGAGACUUUUGAUUGCUCAAGGAGCCGAGAAGCUGCUACAUGGAGCAUAG